AUGGACGCGCCACGAGCACGAACACCGUCAGACGACAAGCUCUACAACGACGAGAAGCGGCCUGACAAUGUCGAAGCGGGCGCGCACGGUAUACAGGCCGAGACGCAGGAUGUGUACGACGAAGACGAGUUUGGCGUCGAUCCUGUCUACCUAGCAAAGGCUCGCGUCCUGAAUGAAGCAUUCCAGGAGAUAGGAAUGGGCAAGUAUCAGUGGUACUUGUUCAUCGUUGCUGGCUUUGGAUGGUUCUCGGAUAAUCUAUGGCCCAUUGUCACGGGGCUGAUCUAUACGCCAGUGGUCAACGAGUUCAACUUCCAGGGCCCGUUCCUCAAGCUCGCACAAAACAUCGGCCUACUAGUCGGCGCUGCUUUCUGGGGCGUCGCCUCCGAUGUCUGGGGUCGACGAUGGUGCUUCAACCUCACCCUUCUCAUCACUGGUGUCUUCGCCGUCGCAGCAGGCGCGUCCCCAAACUACAUCGCCCUUUGCUCGCUCGCCGCCGUGUGGAGUAUCGGGGUGGGCGGCAACCUUCCUGUGGACUCCGCGGUCUUCCUCGAGUUCAUUCCUGGCUCACAUCAAUACCUGCUCACCGUGCUGUCCAUAUGGUGGGCGUUCGGCCAGCUCGUCGGCAGCCUUGUCGCCUGGCCACUGAUCGACAACUUCUCCUGCCCAGGAGGCGCCCCCGGUGACUGCCCGCGCUCGCAGAACCAGGGAUGGCGCUACUUCCUCUACGCCAUGGGUGGCCUGAUGCUGCUGUGUUUCGUGCUCCGCUUCUUCGUCUUCCAUUUGUAUGAGUCGCCGAAGUACUUGAUGGGCCGUGGACGCGACGCGGAGGCGGUCGAGGUCAUCCACAAGAUCGCAGCAUACAAUGGAUGCACGAGCAGUUUAACGCUGGAGAUGCUUGAGCAGGCUGGUGGCCUGGGGAAGACAGGUGUCAGCGUGGUGGAGGAGCUGCCAAUGGACACAAGUGCGUCCGCGGCGGUGAUGAGGCAGCUGCGGAAGUUCAGUGCGGACUAUGUCAAAACACUUUUCGCUACCAGAAAGCUCGCAUGGUCAACGAGUUUGCUCAUCGCUGUCUGGGCACUAAUCGGUUUGGCGUUCCCUCUAUACAAUGGUUUCGUUGACUACUUCCUGCAGUCCCGAGGUGCCGACUUCGGGGACGGCUCGGUCUACAUCACCUAUCGUAACCAAGUCAUCUUGAGUGUAAUCGGGAUUCCUGGCGCCCUCCUUGCAGGAUGGAUGGUGGAGAUACCCUACUUGGGUCGUCGCGGCAGUCUCGCGCUUUCCACUGUCAUCACUGGGGUGUUCCUCUUCGCAAGCACAACCGCCCGAACGUCGAACGCACUGCUGGGCUGGAAUUGCGCGUAUACCUUUACGUCCAACAUCAUGUACGGUGUGCUCUACGCCGUUUCACCGGAAUUGUUCCCGACGCGUGGCCGAGGGACUGGAAACGCAAUAGUGGCGAGUGCGAAUCGUAUCUUCGGUAUCAUGGCACCCAUUAUCGCUCUGUAUGCAAACCUGGCAACGAGCGCUCCGAUCUAUGUGUCCGGUGCGUUGUUCAUCGUCGCAGGUGUCAUUGCCUUGGGACUACCGUUCGAGCCGAGAGGGAAGGCCUCGAUGUGA